ACGUUCAAAACCGCAUACUAUCAUACUACAUAGUAUGCCAAGACAGUACGCCGCUGUACAUGGCGCAUACUGUGUAGUAGAGUAGUACGCAGAGGAAGCCUUGCAUUUCAGCCGCCGUUCUGUGUCUCACGCGCGCUGUGUGUUGUGCUCAAUAUGAGCCGCGUUUAUACAGGAAGGGUCUGAUUAAUUCUCACUGUGUGUGACUGUUAAUUCCGUCCGAAUUAAGACUCUGUAAGCUUUAGGUAGGUCGUGCAGGUUCUUUAUUUCUUUUAAACCCAGCUUUUUGUAGGACAGCCGGGAGCAUUGUUUGGACCAUUGUUUGGAUAUCAGGAGCAGAAAUCAUCUUUAGAGAGCAUGGAGAACGCAGAGAAGGAGAGCAGGUCUGAUGGAGAAUGCGACUCAGCUGAAGAGGAAGAAGUGGAUCCCAGGGUUCAGGGGGAACUGGAGAAGCUGAACCAGUCCACAGACGACAUCAACCGAUGUGAGACCGAACUGGAGGAUGCAAGGCAGAGGUUUCGCUCUGUGCUGGUGGAGGCCACGCUGAAAUUGGAUGAGCUGCUGAAGAAGAUCGGCAAGGCUGUAGAGGACUCAAAACCAUACUGGGAGGCCCGGCGCUCGGCACGGCAGGCUCAGCUUGAGGCCCAGAGGACAACACAAGACUUCCAGAAAGCCACUGAGGUGCUUCGGGCUGCCAAAGAGACCAUCGCCCUGGCCGAACAGAGGCUGCUGGAGGAAGACAAGCGGCAAUUUGACUCGGCCUGGCAGGAGAUGCUGAACCACGCCACUCAGAAGGUGAUGGAGGCCGAACAGACGAAGAGCCGCAGCGAGUUGCUACAUAAAGAGACAGCAGCCAGAUACAAUGCAGCCAUGAGCCACAUGAAGCAGCUGGAGAAGAAGCUUAAACGCACAAUCAGCAAGUCCAAGCCUUAUUUUGAACUGAAGGCAAAGUACUACUUACAGCUAGAGCAACUGAAAACGAAUGUAGAUGACCUACAGGCCAAGUUAACACACUCUAAAGGGGAGUAUAAGACAGCUCUUAAAAACCUAGAGAUGAUCUCAGAUGAGAUCCACGAGCGCCGGCGCUGCUUAGCCAUUGGCUUGCGGGAGAGAGGAGUGGGGUCAGAGGGUGAUGGGGUCACUGGAGAUGACAUCACCAACUUCAAAAUGGAGUCUGAUGGCAUAUCCAUGGCAUCAGAGACAUUUGAGGAUGAGAACUGCAGUAACAGCGCCAUGUCCGAAGAGGAUUCACAGUCCACAUGUAGCAUGAACUCUGGAGGCAACAGCCCAUUGCAACUGCAGUGCCCCUUCUCCUCUUUCUCAUCACCAUCAUUUACAUCUUCAUCCUCCUCCUCUCCCUCUCCUUCAUCACGGCCAUGCAGCCUGGAACUGCCCAGCACUGUUUCUCUGUCGGACUUUGGCCUGAUUUCACCUAUCCUUGGACCUCGAAGUGAAUGCAGUGGAGCGUCCUCACCCGAGUGUGACAUGGAGAGAGGUGACAGAGCAGAGGGAGCGGAGGAUGAGGUGAACAUCGCGCUCAAUAACAACACUGGCAGCAUUAGCAGCAUUAAGAACCGCUUCCAUUUCCUGUCCCUGAAACGCGGGCAGAUGGACAACGCCAAAACCACAGAGCAUAAACCUUUGAGUAUGGCCUAGAGUAUCACCAGCACCCCACCACUGCUUAAUAGGGGCAGAGUUAGCUGCUGUUAUGCCAUCAAUCUCACCCAUGUGAAAGAUGUAGGCAGCUGUCCAUCUGUACCUUUUACCUAUGAUUCAGCAUCAUUCAUUCUGCCAGGGAUGUUCUGGAUCUUACUGGCUCACUGAGCAAGAUUAAUUCUGGGGAAGAGUUAUAGGAACGUGUGCAUUUGAGAAAAUGGGAAUCAUUUCUUACAGCACAUUGAAGGACAUUUGAUUACUAAAAAAAUAAGAGGAAAAAAACUGAGUGAUGGAUGAUAAUGAUAAGUCUCAUUCCCCACUUUUUAGCAGGUCAUGGACAAGCUACUCCUGAGCUUUUCAUAUAAAUAAUGCUAUCAGAGCUCUGGUUUUGGACACGGGGCACCGUAGAGACAUUACUGACGUGAUGAAAGAGGAAGCAGUCACAAACAGUACUUCCAGAUUUAAACGGAUUUUUAAUUGGCUGCUUCUGUAGUGCAAUAAUAGCUCAUGUGCCAACAUGCCUUUGAUCACUGUUCCCCACAUGCCCUUGUUCAAUGCUUGUCCAUCUACACUUUAACAUCUACAUUUCGGCUGCAGCGUGAUCAUUAUCGCUGAAAUGUGCAUGCUGCCAUAUCUGUGUUUUUGUAGAAGAUGGACUAUCAUCACUUUCAUUGAAAAAAGCAAUAGAUAACAAUGCAACGUAUUAUGUACGGCUCGUUUGUAGAUUAAAACAUGGAUUAGAAAGGCGUAACCUAGUUUUACACUGUUGAUUCACUGUAAUUGUUAGCAUUUGGGCAGACACUAAGAUGUGUGCAUGAAUAUUAGUCAGUUCUGUAAUACUGUAGCUGCUGCCGCUAGAUAUAGAGGCACAAAGCACAGCGUCGGUCUAGUCAGUUUUUUCACCUUUUGUUUGUUGUAACUUUUUUUGUGUAUUUUUUGUGUAUAGUAGAAACAGCAUCAUCAUAAAGCUGUGAUUUUAUAUCUUGGUUAUUCUGGUCUUUUUCUGAGUUUGAGUAGCUUGUGUAGUUGUUUUCCGGCUUAAAAUAAAGUAAUGUUCUGAUCACUGUAAA